AUCAUGUUCAUUGCAUUAUGGAGAAGGAAGCCGAGCAAGCAAAGAAGAAAGUUGUCGGUGCGAAAUGGACGUAUUUUUCGAACGUAGUCAGCCACAACAGUACACAGCCGGCGCUUCUUUGUUUACAUUCCCGAAAGAUGCAGUCAAGAUGGAAGAACUCGGAUAACAGAGACUCUAAACAGGAGGACUUUUGAUUUGGAUACACAGACGCCUGUAGAGAACUGGGACAACACAGACUCUUACCAGGAUUACUUUGAUUUGGAUGACAAAGACGCAGACGUGCUACUUCAUCAGCUACAACAAUGCGGCGGAGGCGGCCACAGACUCUGACGAUGAGGACAAGCUGCACAUCGUGGAGGAGGAAGGCAGCCUGGCGGACUGCGACAGCACCCUGCCAGACCAGGACCACCCCAGGGGGCUCUGGGACCCAGUGAAAGAAGAGUGCGUGUCGGACGGCGAGGACGACGCCAGCACAGACGCCUUGGUGGAGGAGAUGCUCCAGCAGGGCGACACGGCCGUCAUUUACCCAGAAGCCCCGGAGGACGAGCUGCAGGGUCACGGCACUCCCGACGCCAGCACUCCCGAUGAGAACGGGACCCCGGACUCCUUCUCGCAGCUGCUCACCUGCCCGUACUGCGCGCGCGGCUACAAGCGCUUCAGCUCGCUGAAGGAGCACAUCAAGUAUCGUCACGAGAAGACGGAGGAGUGCUUCAGCUGCCCCGAGUGCAGCUACACCUUUGCACACCGCGCUCAGCUGGAGAGACACAUGGCGGCCCACAAGUCAGGGCGGGACCAGAGACUCGUCACGCAGUCGGGAGGCAACCGCAAAUUCAAGUGCACCGAGUGCGGCAAGGCCUUUAAAUACAAGCACCACCUGAAGGAGCACCUGCGCAUUCACAGUGGAGAGAAACCCUACGAGUGCUCCAACUGCAAGAAGCGCUUCUCCCACUCGGGCUCGUACAGCUCGCACAUCAGCAGCAAGAAAUGCAUCAGUCUCAUCUCGGUUAACAGCCGGCAACGUCUGAGCGGCAGCAAGAACCAGGCCCAGGGCCAGGGCCCGGCCGCCAUCCUUCCCACUUCGCCGGCCGCCCUCCGCGCCCAAAUUCGCGAGAAGCUGGAGCACAGCAAGCCCCUCCAGGAGCAGCUGCCCCUCAACCAGAUCAAGAGCGAGCCGCUGGACUACGAAUACAAACCGACCCUGGUCGGCAUGAAUGCCGGGAUGUACAACGGUGGGGCUGCGACUGCUCUGCAGGGUACGGUGCAGGCCGUGGUCCUCCCCACCGUGGGGCUGAUGUCGCCCAUCAGCAUCAACAUAGCCGACCUGCAGAACGCCCUCAAAGUGGCCGUGGACGGCAACGUGAUUCGCCAGGUCCUGGAAAGCAGCGGCAAAGGCCAGGGUCAUGCCAACUUGGGGUUAACCACUGGAACCAUCCACCCGUCCCAGCAGCAGCUCAUCUCAGCCAUCAGCUUGCCCAUUGUGGGUCAGGACGGAAAUGCAAAAAUCAUCAUCAACUACAACCUGGACCCCAACCAGGGACAGAUCAUGGCGCAGAACAUUAAGAAGGAGUCAGAGCCAUUCUCAACCGCGCAGCCAACCACUGAGUCGUUGAAGUUUCAGAAACUCCCUGAGGAUCUGACCAUCAGGGGCGCCAGGGUGACUGAGAUGAAAGAAGAGGAUCAAACCACUAAGACUUGUCUCCUGUGUGAGAACUGUCCCGCCGGGCUGGACGCCCUGCAUGCCCUCAAACACUGCAAGAAAGACGCUCUCAGGCUGAACGGAGAGGCUGCCGUUACCGCGCUACUGUCACAGGGGGGAUUUUGCAACCAGCCCAAGAACAUCCUGUCCCUGCUGAAGGCCUACUUUGCCUUAAACAGAGAGCCCACCAAGGACGAGAUGGACAAAAUCUCAGACUCUGUCAACCUCCCAAUCCAUGUGGUCAAAAGGUGGUUUGACAAAAUGCAGCAGGGUCAAAUAUCACUCGGUGCCCCGACGCCUCCUUCAGAGGAAGACGAUGCCUAUGAUUCCGGCAGUGUGGUAUCUCUGGUCCAGGGGAAAGUUGUGGCCUCCAUGAGUCCUUCUGAGCCUCACGACAGUCCGACAGAAGCAACCCCGGCUGAGCUAAACGGCGCCCACAGCUCUCCAGUCUCUCCCUCACCACUAACCCUGAGAGACGACGGUCUUCUUAAAGACCAGGCCCCUCAGAGCACUGAUGCACCCCUAGACCUGUCGCUGCCAAAGCCCGACAAAGAGGAAACGGAGACUGUUCAAACCUGCAAUCACCUCUCACUUUCCUCUGUACGCACCAUUCAGGAGGAACCUCUGAACUUAACUUGCACAAAGAAAGACGCCUCGCCACUCUCACCCUUGGGCUCCGGCCCCGUCGCACUGUACACCAGCCCGCCAAGUGCCAACCCCCUCAAUAUUGUAACCACUCAACUUCCCACGCUGGUGGCUAUUGCUGACCAGAGCCGUAUGCAAUGUCUAAGGGCCCUGACCACCACCAACAAACAGACUAUCCUCAUCCCUCAGCUGGCUUACACCUAUACCACUACCGCUACCAGUCCUGCUGGGACCCUGACAGAAAAGACCAUCCACCUCAACGGGAUCAAGGAGGAGAAGCAGGACACGAGCUCGGAGGGCAUGGAGGACUCGGACUCGGGGCCUCUGAGGAAGAAGAUGAAGAAGACGGAGAGCGGCAUGUACGCCUGUGACCUGUGUGACAAGAUCUUCCAGAAGAGCAGCUCGCUGCUCAGACACAAAUACGAGCACACAGGCAAGCGUCCGCACGAGUGCAGCAUCUGCAGCAAGGCGUUCAAACACAAACACCACCUGAUCGAACACAUGCGCCUCCACUCGGGGGAGAAACCCUACCAGUGCGACAAGUGCGGCAAGCGCUUCUCCCACUCGGGCUCCUACUCGCAGCACAUGAACCACCGCUACUCCUACUGCAAGAGGGAGUCCCCGGGCCAGGAGGAGGACACCCUGGGCGGGGCCCGGGACCCCGGCCUGGUCCCCUUCCAGGUGGACUCGGACGAGCGGGGGAGCAGCGCCAGGGAGGACGAGGAGAGCGAGGAGGAGGAGGAGGAGGAGGAGGAGGAAGGUGCGGUCGACAUGAACGACAUCCAGGUGGUGCAGGUGGAGGAGGAGGAGGAAGGAAGUAAGAGGGCCGGUGAAGAGGAAGGGGACUGAGAGAGAACUACUGUGUAGAAACCCGGGUGUGCCUGAAAAUUACUUUUCUCAACAUUUGUACAAAUAAUGAAGGAAGACUUUUUAUCAGUGUUACUAAUUCCACGCCUGGGAGAUGUUUUUAUGGCCAAAGUCAGUAUUUGGUGGCAGGAUGAAGACUACCAGCUUCCAUGCAGCUUUUCUACCCUCCAGUAUUAUUAGUCCUGUGCGGCGCCGGCCUUAGGGACAAAACAUCGGAGCGACGAGACGGCUCUUUGACGCUUUUACUCACCUUUUGACAUUUUAGGACCCACGCUCAUUCCCGCGUAUUUCUACUUCACCACAUAGUAUUCAAAGUACUCUCCAGUCCGAAAGAGGAAGAGACCAUACAGUAUUAGCUGCAGGAUUCUCACAGGAAUGAGGCCAAAGUACCUACUGUAUUAGGACCACGCUUGUUUUCUUGCUACUUUGAAGAAGUAGUCAAGAGUACUCUGUGAUAUUUUUCUAUGUUGUGAAAGUGUGAGGUACACAACAACACUGCCUGGAGUCUCGUCACCCACACAGUGAUCUAUGUUUCAAUAACAGAACCAGGAGUCAUGGUUUCAGAGUACAGUACAGUCGUCCCUCGUUUAUCACGGCUAAUAAUCCUACUUUCCACAAAGUAGGAUUAUUAUGAAUGAAUCAAAUAGUAUAUUGUUUAUUUUGACCAUGUAAGACUUAUUAUUAUUGCACCAAAUAUUAUAUAUUUUUGAAGGUGACUGUGGUAAACAAGUUUGGACAAAGAUGAAUUAUUAUUUAUUAAUCAAAUAUUAGACAUUUUUGAGACAUUAUUAUUUAUAAAUGAAAUUGUUGACAUUUUUUAAAGUGAGCGUGGUAAUAUACACAUUCUGACAAAGUAGGAUUAUUGUUAAUAAAUAUAUAUAUUUUUAAAGCUGACCAUGGUAAACAAGUUUUGACAAAGUAGAAUUAUUAUUAAUGAAUGAAAUAUUAAGACAUUUUUGAAAGUGACCGUGGUAAAGAAAAAUUCGGCAAAGUAGAUUAUUAUUAAUAAAUACAUACAUUUGAAGGUGACAGUGGUAAGCACAUUUCUACAAAGUAGGAUUAUUGUUAUUAAAUAUAUAUAUUUUUUAAAGCUGACCAUGGUAAACAAGUUUCGACAAAGUAGAAUUAUUAUUAAUGAAUGAAAUAUUAAGACAUUUUUGUAGGUGACUGUGGUAAACAAAAAUUUGGCAAAGUAGAUUAUUAUUAAUAAACACAUACAUUUGAAGGUGACCGUGGUAAACACAUUUUGACAAAGUAGGAUUAUUAACUUUUUUUUUUUUUUUUAAGGUGACCGUGGCAAACACAUUUUGGCAAAGUAGAAUUAUUAUUAAUUAAUGAAAUAUUAAUGAAUUUUUGAAGGUGACCCUGGUAAACAAAUUUUAGCAAAAUAGGAUUAUUUAUGAUAAAUAUAUAUUUUUUAAGGUGACCGUGGUGAACAAAUUUCGACAAAGUAUUAUUAAUGAAUGAAAUAUUAAAAUACAUUUUUUAAGGUGCCCGUAGUAACACAUUUUGGCAAAGUAGAAUUAAUUAUUAAUUAAUUAAAUAUUAAUGAAUUAAAUAUUAAGACAUUUUUGCAAAGUAGGAUUAUUAUUGAUGAAUAUAUAUUUUUAAGGUGGCCGUGGUGAACAAAUUUCAACAAAGUAUUAUUAUUAAUGAAUUAAAUAUUAAUGAAUUAAAUAUUAAGACAUUUUUGCAAAGUAGGAUUAUUAUUGAUGAAUAUAUAUUUUUAAGGUGGCCGUGGUGAACAAAUUUCAACAAAGUAUUAUUAUUAAUGAAUUAAAUAUUAAUGAAUUAAAUAUUAAGACAUUUUUGCAAAGUAGGAUUAUUAUUGAUGAAUAUAUAUUUUUAAGGUGGCCGUGGUGAACAAAUUUCAACAAAGUAUUAUUAUUAAUGAAUUAAAUAUUAAUGAAUUAAAUAUUAAGAAAUUUUUGCAAAGUAGGAUUAUUAUUGAUAAAUAUAUAUUUUUAAGGUGGCCGUGGUGAACAAAUUUCAACAAAGUAUUAUUAUUAAUGAAUUAAAUAUUAAGACAUUUUUUAAGGUGACUGUGGUAAACAAAAAUUCAACAAACGAGGAGGAUUAUUGUUAGUAAAUAUAUAUUUUUGAAGGUGACCGUGGUGAACAAAUUUUGACAAAGAAGGAUUAUUAUAAAUGAAUGAAAUAUUAGACAUUUUUAAAGGUGACUGUGGUAAACACAUUUUGGCAAAGUAGGAUUAUAAUUGAUAAAUAAUACAUAUUUUGAAGGUGACCGUGGUAAACACAUUUUGACAAAGUAGAAUAAUUAUUAAUGAAUGAAAUAUUAAUGAAUGAAAUAUUAAGACAUUUUUGAAGGUGACUGUGGUAAAUAAAUUUUGACAAAGCUGGAAUAUUAAUGAAUAAAAUAUUAGGCAUUUUUGAAGAUGAGUGUGAUGAACGAAUUUCGGCUUAGUAGAAUUAUUAUAAUGAAUCAAAUUUGUAUUAUAUAUUUUUUAACACAAUUAGAGCCCUGUUAACAUGAAAUAACAUCCAUGUAGUCACUUCUACAUUCAUUUCAGCCAAUAUAGUAACCUUCAGUACAUUCUACUGUAGAUUAUAGUACUCCUAUGGUAGUCACCCGGCCACUACAACACAACCACAGCCUGGAAAUGGGCUAAUGUCGACGACAAAGUGCGCAUUGCAGAAGUUGAAGAUGAAUCAAAAAGAUUAGCCGCCAUGUUGUUAGCAUUGUUCACCCCGCUCGGUGAAUAUCUUAACGGAUAGACUGUAAUACAUAAAUACUACUUCAUUUGGGCCAAAAACAUGCGUUACUAUUUCCCCCCCCCCCCCCCCCCCGAGGGACGACUGUACAGUAACGAGUAGUUUCUUUUCUGGCGAGUUCAAGAGAGUAAAUGGGCCUUUCCCUAAAUGUCAAAGCGGACGUAAAAGACGGAGAAUGAAUUUGAUUUGCUCCUUCUUCUAUUCAGGCAAGCCCCGCCUCCCGAGCCUUAUGCAACGUUCCAAAAAAAGAAAGAAAAGAAGUAAGAUGCAUACUUGUGAAGAAAAGUGCCAUUGAAUAUUGAUCAGGUAUUCCAGGUCCCAGAUCUCGUGGACCACAUUCUGUACGCAUCAUUUGGAAAAUGUCAGUAUUAAUUUUAUUGUUGACUUCCUGCCUGGACGGACGUUACGUUCAGCAGGUGCAGUAUUAACCCCCGUUUAGUCAUAGAGAACUUUUAUAUUUAUGUCUUUUUUUUUAUAUUUCUUUAUGCUUUAUUUAUUUCACUACGUAGUGUACAAGACUGUAGUUUGUAUUAAUACGAUAAUAUAUUUUAGUCUGGGGGGAAUUUUUUGUUUUGUUCAAGCGUGGCAAAUUGGAACGUGUUUUUGCACCUGUUGCUUUUUCUCCCCGCUAAAACCAAGCUACUGAACGUGUUCUUGUAUGUUGUUAGCAUGAGUGUUGUAUUGAAGGAUUUAACCACCCAAAGACUAAAUAAUAUUCUUCCAAUUCUUUCUUUCCUAGACCCACUUUUAUAUGUUUUAACAGCCUUCUCUUCUUUUUAUGACUCCCCGUCUCACAAUAAAAUACACCA